CAGCAGCAGCAGUUCAGUUUGACGCGUGAGUCACGCGGGCAAAACAAAACAAACAGUCUGUCUAUUGGCAGUUCCGAUAAAUGGUGAAUUUGGAGUGGAAUUAAACUAUUGCUUCGAUGUGAAUACUCUUCCCGUAUGCUGUUAUCGAUCUGCCUUCUGUGUCCACAAUAAAUUAGAACGAUUAGCGUAAAAAUAACUCCGUGCCAAAGGUUUAUGCGACGCAGUGCCAACAUCUGCUUGCCAAAGUACACGCGAUAGUUGGGGAUAGAAACGUUCGUAAGUGUUUGUACGCGUGAGAGUGCGCGAGUGUUAGUGCGUGUUUUGUUUCAUUUUUGUUUUUGCACGCCGUUCCGUACGGUGUUUCGCGUGUUCGUCGCGUAUCUACGCGUGUUUGUUGUACGGUUUUUAGUGAACGCGUGUCGAAGGUUACCCGGUCCGGUCGCGUCUCGACAUAACUUUCUUGCCGUAAAAGGUAACCUGCCCCUUUGCAUAGCGUCCUUGUGCUUCCUGCUGUCACGAUGGCAUAUUACAAUCAGAACUACCACUACCCAAAGAACUGGAAUGCCAACGGUCUGGGAUGGAUUAAUCCGGCCGCGUUUGCCCAAUCUCCUCCCGCCUCACAGUGGCCGACCGUUCCGACGCCCGGCUCUUCCGGUUACUCCAGCCUCAAUCCAUCCAUCUCCGGACAGUCGCUCUCGUACGGGUUUAAUCCGAAUAUGAUGCCCGCACUGCCCGACAGUGGUGCCGGAUAUCCACCGUCCAGUGCACAUCUUCCCUACCCGACAAUGGGUUUUGCGUCGUUCGGUUCACCAAUGGACUAUACCAUGCCCGGUUUACCGCCCCCGGUUCCGGAUGCACUGUUGCGGGGCAAUGAACCUGUUGCGUCGUGUGAAGAAAUUCCGUUCCAGGCCAUCAGCAUCCCGAUCGCAGAGGGAAUGUUUUCACCGCUUGGAGAGCGCAGCAAAGGACAACGACCAAGUGCCGAUGUGCAGGAUUUCUACCAAAUUCGCCAACAGUGCCUCGAGAAUGGUACGCUGUUUGAAGACCCCGAGUUCCCGGCAACGUCCUCCUCGCUAAUGUACUCCCAGCGUCCAGACCGACACUACGAGUGGUUGCGUCCGCACGAAAUUUGCGACGGGCCAGAGUUUUUCGUCGAAGGCUUUUCACGGUUCGAUGUGCAGCAGGGUGAACUCGGCGAUUGCUGGCUGCUGGCCGCCUGUGCCAAUCUGACCCAGGACCAAAAGAUGUUCCUGCGCGUGGUGCCGGAAGAUAACAGCUUCGAGGACGAGUAUGCGGGCGUGUUUCAUUUCCGCUUCUGGCAGUACGGCAAGUGGGUCGAUGUGGUGAUUGACGAUCGUCUGCCAACGUACCGGGGACAGUUGAUCUACAUGCGGUCGUCCGAACACAACGAGUUCUGGAGCGCACUGCUCGAGAAGGCGUACGCCAAACUGCACGGUUCGUACGAAUCGCUGCGCGGCGGUACCACGUGUGAGGCAAUGGAGGACUUUACGGGCGGUGUCGCGGAAAUGUACGACCUGAAGGAUCAAACGCCACCAAACCUGUACCAGAUCAUUGAGAAGGGCUUUAGGCGCAACUCGAUGUUUGGAUGCAGCAUUGAGGCGGAUCCGCAUGUGCUGGAAGCGGAAACACCGGAAGGUUUGAUACGUGGUCACGCGUAUUCCAUCACGAAGAUUCAGCUGGUGGAUAUUGAAACACCGGGACGCUCGGGCAAGAUUCCCCUGAUCCGGCUGCGAAACCCGUGGGGCAAUGAGGCCGAAUGGAACGGACCGUGGAGUGAUAAGUCGGCCGAGUGGCGCUACAUCCCGGACGAACAGAAGCAGGAGCUUGGGCUGAACUUCGACCACGACGGAGAGUUCUGGAUGUCUUAUCGAGAUUUUACGCGCUAUUUCGAUCGGAUGGAAAUUUGUAACUUGAGCCCGGACUCGUUGGCCGACGAUGAGUUCACGCGGGGUAAAAUCCGCUGGGAGAUGUCCAUGUUUGAGGGCGAGUGGGCCAUCGGCAGUACAGCGGGUGGUUGCCGCAACUAUCUCGAUACAUUCUGGCACAAUCCUCAGUACAUAAUCCGGCUGGAGGACCCGGACGAGGAUGACGAGGAAGGCAACUGUACGGUGAUUAUAGCGCUGUUGCAAAAGAACCGUCGUUCCCGGCGAAACAUGGGUGUGGAAUGCUUAACGAUCGGGUUCGCUGUGUACCGUGUGAGCGAUCGCGAUCUAGCGCAGAAGCCGCUGAAGUUGAACUUCUUCAAGUAUAACGCUUCGGCGGCACGUUCGCCCGCGUUUAUCAAUCUGCGUGAGGUUAGCUGUCGGUUUAAGCUGCCACCCGGUACGUACGUGAUCGUACCGUCCACGUUCGAACCGAACGAGGAAGGUGAAUUCAUUAUCCGUGUGUUCUCCGAAACUGCCAACGGUAUGAUGGAAAACGAUGAAAACGUCGGCGUUGGUGACAUCGAUGAUCGGAUUGCGCCCGAUGUACCCGGUUACGUUCAACCGUCUCCGCAACGGCAAGCCAUGGAACGUCUGUUUCUGGAUGUUGCCGGUGCGGACGGUGAGGUUGAUUGGGUCGAGCUAAAGCGCAUCCUCGAUCAUUCCUUCCGUGAUGAUCUGCCGAAAACGUCCUCGCUGAACGGACUGAACCAUCAGGCGUACGCAUCGCAACAGAACGCCGAGGUCGGUAAUGGGGCUGGUGGUCCUGGUGGUAUCGAGGAUUUGCUGAGCAUGCUGCUGAACAUGUGCUGCAAGGGCAUCCAAGGAUCGGGCGAUGGCGGCGGCGGCACACACCCUUCCGGACCGGCCAAUCUGGAAAGUCAAAUCGUACCAAACCAGCCGCUGCAUGACAACAUCUCCUCGGAGGGUUUCUCGAAGGACGUGUGCCGUGCGAUGGUAGCGAUGCUGGAUGUGGAUCACACCGGCAAGCUAGGCUUCGAGGAGUUCCAGCAACUGCUGACCGACAUCGCCAAAUGGAAGGCCGUGUUCAAGCUGUACGAUACCGAGGGUUCCGGUCGGCUGAGCGCGUUCCAGCUGCGCGAGGCCCUCAACUCCGCCGGCUACCAUCUGAACAAUCGCAUCCUGAACGCGCUGGUACAUCGGUACGGUUCGCGCAGCGGUACGAUACCGUUCGACGAUUUUAUCAUGUGCGCGGUCAAGAUUAAAACAAUGAUCGAAAUCUUCCGCGAGCGCGAUACCGAAGGUUUGAACCAGGCCACGUUCAGCAUGGACGAGUGGGUGGAAAAGACGCUUUACUCUUAAGAUGAAAUGAGCGAUUAUUUUUGUUUUUUUUUUAAUGUGGGAGAGCACCAUUCAUCACUCCUGUGUUGCAUUUUACUGUAUACUCUCGAAAACGUUUUCCACCGUUCUCGAAAUCGUUGUAACUUUAUUUGAUUCAG